AUGGUUGCUUUCUUUGCCUUGUCUACUUGUGCUCUGGCUUGGCCAAGCCUUGACGUCAGCUCCAUUGCACAUCGGCUCAAGGGCUCAUGGCCGAUGAUUCAUCAUCGUUCCAUAGCCAAAGCGUCAAGCUUGCAGUCCAUCUUCAGCACCGCUGAAGCCUUUGAUGAGAUCUUCCUCCGGCCCUGGCGAUUCCCGAUGCACGUGCAGCGCCUGCACAGUCUCGCUGAGGCCGAGCGCCGCCGGAGAGAGCCGGUGGUGGAUCAGAGUGUCAUUGCACACGGACAACGCACGCUCCUGGAAGCCCGGAAGGUGGUCUAUGCCAUCAUGAGCCGAGACAGCCCGCACCUGCAGGUCUGUGUCACGAAGGUUUCCUGCGCGCAGGAUUUCUUGGAACGCGCAGCUCGUGAGCUACGAGCCACUGCACGAGGAGGGUCCUUCACGCAGAGUUCCAAGCACCGCUACGCUGCAGCAAAGGUCGGGCUGGCCUUCCAAGCGCCCGAGGGGCUGCUGCUCUAUGCCCUGGAAAGUCUGGAGAGUGCUGACUUGCCCUAUCAUCGGCUCUCGCAGCAACGGCUCCACCACUGGGCCAAGCUGCUGCAGGGCAUAACUGGAAGUGAGACGACGGCCCAACCAGCGGACGCUCCGCAAGACUGUGCCGGCUACGGCAGCGGAUGCUGA